AAAAAAUAUCUCGUCGACGAGGGAAGUCAUGUUCAGGGCGUGUCUGGCACAAGUCUCCCGGGCUGGCGCGUCGACCAGUUCCUCAAGUAGCUCCUUCAUCCAUACAUCCUCAGUCCUCUUCGCCAAGCAGAAACUCACGAAAAAAGCCAGAAACGUAAAGAAGGUCGAGAAACGAGAGCGGGAAAUUGCCAACCGACCGAGUCCCAUCUUAGGCUACCGGCCAGGCCAGGAAGAGAAGUGGAUCAACUGCGCCUUGGCAAAAGUCUUGUUAGACGAAGAUGAGCUUGCAUCGCCCCCGGUCUACGAUAAAACAACCCAUCCUGUCGGGACAGUAGAUAUGCCACAGAAGUUGGCGUAUGGUGUGACAGACAAGGAAGCGCGCCUUCUGUUCGACGAGCUUCCGUCAAAAUCUUCGGAACGUGAUGCUAUGGGCAUCACCCACGCCCCAGGGAUUCUGUCAAGUCUGAACGUGGGAGUUGAGAAGGAGUUGAGGAAGACGAAUAUGUUCGCGAAAGUUGUGGACCUGCGUAAUGCCAAUGCUGCUGGUAUUGCCUAUGAGAACAAGCGGAGGAUUAUCAUCGAAUUCUCGACACCUGAAAAUCCUUGGGAUCCUGGUCGCACCGAAGUUCAAGCUGCCAUUUUGACAUACCGAAUCCGAAAUAUGUGGAAACACCUGGCAAGUCCGCGGCACAAGAAAGAUGUAGCUGGGAAACGUGCCCUGAAGAUGUUGGUUUACCAGAGGGCAAGAACGUUGAAGUACCUUAAACGGACGGAUCGUGUGCGCUAUGAUAUUGUACUGGAACGGCUGGGGUUGGAGCCAGAGAGUGUAGAAGGUGAACUGAUGGUUUAAUUCGACCGCAUUUCUAAUUCAAUUUUCAUUCC